AUGGCGGACAAGGCACCCUACCUUGGCCUGCGAGGCAAGCGCCUGACAACAGCCCUGAUUGCAAUGGUCGUCUGCCCCGCUUAUAUUCUAAUCGGGUACAACAAUGCAGCCGCCGGUGGUUUGUUGACGCUACCGUCCUUUGUUGAGACCUUCCCGAGGAUCGAUACUGUCAAUACGACUGGCAAACAGCAAGCAGAUAAUGCAAGGAUUCAAGGUACCGUCGUGGCAUUGUACACUGUCGGUUGCAUGUUCGGCUCUCUUCUAUGUCUGAAGCUCGGCGAUAAGCUGGGCCGCCUGCGCACUAUCAUGAUAGGCGCCGUCAUCGAGGUCGUUGGCGCCACCAUCAUGUGUUCCUCUUUCACUCUGGGCCAACUCAUUGUCAGCCGUGUCAUCCUUGGCUUCGGUUUUGGCGCCAUCAGCGCCACGGUUCCCGUUUGGCAGUCAGAGUGCUCUCCCGCCGAACACCGUGGAGCGCUGGUCGUGCUUGAGGGGAUGUUUGCGAGCUGUGGCCUGGCGCUCAGUCAAUGGGUCGAAUUGGGAUUCUUUUUCGCGCCGGGAAGCGUGAGCUGGCGGUUCCCCUGGGCAUUUCCUAUUGUGCUCGCCGUUUGGAUUCUCACGGCUUGUAUGUUCCUACCUGACUCCCCGCGAUGGCUGGUCAAGAAGGGCCGCAUUGCCGAAGCGACAGUCAUCCUCGCCAUCCUCGAGGACCUGCCGGAGGACUCACCUGAGAUUCAGAUCUCUAUCCAGGAGAUGCAGAAGUCACUCUCGGAAAUGGACAAAGGCAGCCUUCUAGGUCUUUUCCGCAACAAGGGCGACCGGCUGCUCAAUCGCACCUUCUUAGCAUGUUUCAGCACCUUUUCUCAACAGAUAAACGGCGCCGGCGUGAUCGGGUUUUAUACGACCACCAUUUUUGAACAAUAUGUCGGUCUCUCAGCACUUACCUCCCGCAUUCUAUCGGGCUCUGUGUACACGUGGCAAAUCCUCUGCUCUUUCUUGACCAUCUACACCGUCGAUCGCUUCGGCCGCCGCCCACUCAUGCUUCUCGGUGCCGCAGGCAUGGGUGCUACGUUCAUCAUCCUUGUCGGAACUGUCGGACACGCCGCAGAUUCACAAGCAUGCGCUAUCGUGUCAGCCAUGUGUGUCUUUUUGUUUGGAUUCUUCUUCACUGUUGGGGCGCUGGGGGUGAAUUAUCUCUACGGCACAGAGGUCGCUCCCUUGGCAUACCGCGUGCCAAUUUACAGUCUGACCUCGACAACGCUGUGGAGUAUCAACUUUCUCGUGGUGGAGAUUACGCCCAUUGGGUUUACGAACUUGGGGAACAGGUUCUUCAUUAUCUUUGCCGUUACUAACCUGUGCCUCAUUCUCCCUGUGGUGUACUUCUUCUUCCCUGAAACUCGCAGGCAUUCACUCGAGGCCAUCGACGCCGUUUUCAAGGGCGCCAGCAACCCCUUCGAUGUUGUCCGCCGUGCUAAGAACCUCCCCUCUGAUGUCGUGCGACGUGAUGAUGCAAUCCAUAUGGUUGAAGCUGGAAAAUCGGAUCAGGUGAAUGCGUCGUCGGAGGGGCAGGAGUCACAAAAUGAGAAGACUGUUUAUCAAAUGGUCGAGAAAGUGGCAUAA